GAGGGCUUGUGGGUGGGUGGGCUCCGGGCUGAAGGUCUACCAGCAGCGCGGAGAUGCGGCUCAAUGCGGCUCGUCGACUGUAGCAGUACUCGAUAGCACGUGGUUCUGUGGGUGAAGCAUCUCGCUUCAGACGGCAUUGAUGAGUUUGCAGACUAUGGAUGCUUGAGAACUGAACGCUGAAGUCCGACCUGAAGGAGCAAGCGGAGUUGCCAGCUGGGUCUGUCCUGGCGACACGGCCAUGAUAGACGCUAAUUCACCUUUUCGAUUUCUUUGUAAUUUCCGUGCGAUUGAGAGAGUGUGCCCUAGACACGACAAUGGGGAAUUUUACAGCUUUCGGGGCAAUUUUUCAUGAAGCAUGAGCAACGUGGGCUGCUGCGGUGGCGGAUUCGGAGUGCUCAUGCGUGAAGCUUGUUCAAAAGGUUUUCUGCAGCGGGUUUAGUCCCUUGAUGCGAUCUCGUUAAUUGGAACUAUCUGUAUGGUAUAUUAUUUCGGGUAAAAGCCUCUUCUGUGUCGGACUACGAGGUUCCGUCACCCGCUGAGGGCCUCUCCAUUCUCGAAGCACAGUUUCCUGGGAGACCUGUGUGAGGAUCCCUUCAGUUGAGGUGUUCGAUCAACAACCAUCUGAAGUUUUUCCAAUCUCGCUCUUGCGAUGAACUAGUUAAAUUGUGCAUUUCUUUCUGCUUCAAGAGUCUCUGGCCGGACUGUGCUACAGUCAUGGUGGUUGCCUCACAUUUCCACUUGUGAAUUGGGAAGUAUUCUUUUAGCUGGGUGCACGGGGGAGGAAUUUUUGUGGAGAGUGUGUCAGCUAUGGCACCUUAUCGAGUUGGAGGAUUACAUUUUGAGUUCUCAUCAAAGAGUUUCCAGCACGUCUUUGUGUGCUAUGGCCAGCUUCUCCUCCUCAUCACCUUCCUUGUCCUCCUCGCGACAUCUAUGAGAACUCCCCACGGAGCAGUAGCUGGAGCCCAACUGCUGUCAAUUUUCGAGAUGCGCUGCGCGUUGUACAAUGUCACCUCUGUUCUCUCUUUGCUCCUUGGAUUGGCAAAUGCUGCGCUUGGGGGAUAUCAGUACCUCAGGGCACCUCUUGGAGAAGAUCCACUCGACCCAGUUUCUUUUUUGGUGCAAGCGCUGGCUUGGAUCGUGAUUGCCGUUUCCUUGAGUAUCAAGCUCCGCAAUCCAAUGAAGAAGGUGGUGUGCGUGUGGUGGGUACUGACGUUUAUUCUCAUUACUCUAGCGAGAGUUUUCUCUCUCAUUGACCUCUACAAUGGCGCCAUCGCGCCCUCAUCAGAGCUCUACAUCGCAAUUGCCGAUUGGCCGGUGGCUUUUCUUCUCCUGGUAUGCGCCGCAAGGGAAGCGAGAUUUACGGCGGCAGAUGGAGAGUACCAACAGGAUGACAUCAACAAGCCUCUGCUCAAUGAUACUGCAAACGGAACAGCAAGAGAAAACAGUACCUCCGAAAAGACAGUCUACGCAACCAAAAGCCCUUUCUACGCAACCAAAAGCCCUUUCAGUGCUUUAGUCUUCAGUUGGUUGAACCCUUUGCUUGCCCUCGGGAACAAGCGCCCCUUGGAUUUGGAUGACGUCCCAGAUUUGAGCGAUGAUCUCCACGCAGAAACUGCCGUGCACAAGUUUCUUCAAGCAUGGGAGGCUCAGAAGGAAAAUCGCCCGGAGAAGGAGCAGUCCGUGUUCAGAGCGAUAGCGACUGUGUAUUGGAAGCCAAUGGCAGUGAAUGGUCUCUUAGCAAUCGGGAAGUGCGUAAUGCUUGUUUUCGGACCCCUGAUCUUGCAGCGCUUCAUCAAAUACGAAAGUGGAGAGCGGCUGUUUCAGUAUGAAGGCUACACUCUUGUGGCAGCUCUGUUUGUAUCCAAGAUUUUGGAGUCUGUUUUCCAACGGCACUGGUAUGCGGGAGGAAAGACAGUGGGCAUGAAGCUACGUUCGGGCCUCAUGGCUGCCAUCUAUCAAAAGCAGCUCAGGUUAUCUAAUGCGGGUCGGGCAAGGCAUGCGGCUGGUGAGAUCGUGAAUUACAUGUCGGUGGAUUGCUACAGGCUGGGAGAGUUUCCCUGGUACUUCCAUCAAAUCACCAUUGUACCGCUUCAACUUUUGAUUUCGUCUUCCAUCCUCUUCUCCACUCUGGGCUGGGCCACCUUUGCAGGGUUGGCAUUGAUCUCCCUCACAAUGCUGAUCAACUUUCCCCUGGCACGAGCUCUACAAAUAUUUCAAGUCAAGUUAAUGGGUGCUCAAGAUGAGCGUGUCCGAGCCUCGAGUGAGAUACUCAACAGCAUCAAAAUCAUCAAACUCCAGGGAUGGGAGGAAAAGUUCAAAGCAAAGAUGAUGAAGCUCCGUGAGAAUGAGUUUAUCUGGCUCCAAAAAUCAAACUUGAGACGCUCUCUAGGUACAAUCCUGUAUUGGAUGACGCCUGUGCUUGUUUCAUCGAUAACAUUUGCUGCCUACGUUCUCCUGGGCCACCACCUCACCCCUGCCAUAGUCUUCACCUCCCUCUCUGCCUUCCGAAUCGUCCAGGAACCUAUUCGCCUGGUUCCAGAGCUUCUUGCGAUUGUCAUACAGGUUGAAGUAUCACUUGGUCGGAUCGAGAGGUUUCUGAAAGAUGACGAGCUUGACAGUUGCGUGGAGCGUGAAGAAAAUGCCGACCGUGCCAUUGAGAUGCGUGAUGCAGCCCUCAGCUGGCAACCACAAGAGAGGAUCAAGCCAACGCUGCGUGGUAUCAACCUUGACGUCAAGAAAGGUGGCCAUGUAGCGGUUUGUGGAGCAGUCGGAUCAGGGAAGUCGACACUAUUGUAUUCCAUACUCGGAGAGAUUCCGAAAGUCUCUGGCAGAAUAAUGGUGUCAGGGAAGCUGGCAUAUGUAGCCCAAUCACCUUGGAUCCAAGGAGGCACCGUCCGGGAUAAUAUUCUCUUUGGGCUUCCAAUGAACUACACUCGCUAUGAUUCUAUCCUGAAAUCGUGUGCACUGGACCAAGAUAUAGCAACGUUUCUUUUUGGGGACCUGACGGAGAUAGGCGAAAGGGGGAUUAAUAUGAGUGGAGGCCAGAAGCAACGAAUCCAACUGGCUAGGGCCAUGUACGCAGAUGCUGACAUUUACUUGCUGGACGACCCUUUCAGUGCCCUGGAUGCACACACGGCUGCCAAGCUCUUCAAGGACUGUGUGAUGGGUGCCCUGAAAGAAAAAACCGUCAUAUUAGUCACACAUCAAGUGGAAUUUCUCCACUCUGUCGACCUCAUUCUGGUGAUGGAAAGAGGAGCAAUAGCACAAUCAGGAACUUAUGACGCCCUUCUCGAUGAAGGCCUUGGGUUCAGGGAUCUCGUAAACGCACAUGAAGACGCUAUGAGCACCGUCAACCAACACGAAGUAGAGAAGAAGCAAGAAUUAGCGGGGAUCGUUGAACCAGUGCUCAAUGGGUCGGAGAUCAACGGCGAGACUAUGCUGCGAAAUUUAAGCUUGGCGAGGUCAAGGAGAGGGAGUCGAAGAGAAAUUGUGCCUGCAAUGGGAGCUCCUGCGACCCAAUUGACGCGCCAGGAGGAGCGGGAGGUUGGCGACCAGGGCUGGUUCAUUUAUCUUGAGUAUGUCCGCGUGGCCCGGGGCUGGUUGAUGUUUUGGGGGGGGAUCAUCACCCAAGCUCUUUUUGUGAUAGGCCAAAUGUCGGCAAACCUGUGGAUGGCAACCAAAGUAAACGACCCCGAAACAGGCGAUGCUAUGCUGAUCGGCGUCUACGCGAGCCUGUUCAUCGGUAGUGGAAUUUUCGUCUUCAUGAGGUCGCGGUUUAGUGUCUACCUCGGCUUGCAAGCCUCAACGAACUUCUUCCAUCAAUUGAUAGAUUCGUUAUUCCGAGCCCCUAUGUUGUUCUUUGAUUCAACGCCCACGGGAAGAAUUCUGAGCAGAUUAUCAAAUGACAUGACCUUGCUGGAUGUGGAUGUUCCCCUUGCAUUCGGAUUCGUCUCCCAAAUUGGCCUCGAAAUUGCGGGUGUGAUCGCCAUUAUCAGCCUCGUCACGUAUCAAGUGCUUAUCGUCGUUCUUCCGUUGCUCCUUGUUGUCAGAUGGCUGCAGAGAUACUACUUGACCUCAGCUCGUGAAUUGAUGCGAAUGAACGGAACCACAAAAGCUCCAAUCGUGAACAACUUCGCUGCAACAAUCAGCGGUGCAAUGACGAUCCGAGCAUUUGAGAAAAUCCCCAAGUUCGAAAAAAAGAAUCUGCAACUAGUUGAUAUUGAUGCAAGCCUCUACUUUCAUACCUUCAUUGCCUACGAGUGGCUUGUGCUGCGGUUGGAGACCUUGUGCGCUAUUAUCCUGGCAGCCUCUGCUUUUUUCAUGAUUGUCCUUCCCGCUGAUAGCAUUGAUGGUGUUGCUUGUGCAGGAUUUGCCGGAUUGUCACUUGUAUACGGUUUGACAUUAAAUGGUGUCUUAGUUUUCUUCAUUCAGUAUGUUUGCCAGUUAGCAAACCAGAUAGUUUCGGUGGAGCGCAUUCGGCAGUACAUGACGAUUGAGAGCGAGGCUCCAGCUAUCAUUAAAGAGAAUCGUCCGUCGACCCAGUGGCCAACUCAAGGCAAAGUGGAGCUUCAGAACCUGAUGAUCCGAUAUAGGACUGGAGCUCCUCUCGUUUUGAAAGGCAUCACUUGUACAUUUGAAGGAGGACAGCGAGUAGGCAUUGUUGGUCGAACCGGCUCAGGGAAGACCACUCUGAUUAGUGCUUUGUUCCGCCUGGUGGAGCCUGCGGGAGGGCGCAUUCUGAUCGAUGGGCUUGACAUUACUUCCAUUGGCCUCCGUGACUUGCGAUCUCGUUUGGGUAUCAUUCCACAAGAGCCUACUCUCUUCCGCGGAACUGUGCGUUCCAAUCUUGACCCACUUGAAGAGCACGAGGAUAAGCAAAUUUGGGAGGCAUUGGAGAAAUGCCAAUUGGCAGAUAUUGUUCGAUUCAUGCCUGAGAAGCUCGAUGCUCCAGUGACGGAUGAAGGCGGAAACUGGAGUGUGGGACAAAGACAACUGUUCUGUUUAGGCCGAGCUUUGCUGAAGCGUUGCCGCAUUCUCGUCCUGGACGAAGCCACAGCUUCUAUCGACUCGACCACCGAUGCUACCAUUCAGAAGCUGAUACGAUACGAUUUUAAGGAUUGCACGGUGGUCACAGUGGCCCAUCGCAUUCCCACCGUCGUUGACAGUGAUAUGGUGUUAGUCCUCACUGGGGGGUUAUUGGCUGAAUACGACACCCCACUUCGACUACUGGAUAAUCCUAACUCACUCUUUUUAAAACUUGUUAAUGAAUACUGGAAAACCACCCAAUGCUUGGAAUAGGAGACGAUUAGAAAUAGGACGAUCUUUUAUUCUCGGCUACCUCCUAGGUGGCAUUGUUACAAAUAUACCAUUUUAGAAUUUGAGAUUGGAAACAAUGAUUUUGUAAUCGAAACAAAUUAAUAUUCUUUGAUAAUUUUCUCUGUUCUACUA